AUGAUAGGGGCGAAGUUGUUGAAACUUGUCUGGAGCGCUUACUUCGACGACUUCUUGUCCCUGACCACGCCUGCGCUCUCCAGACAUACCGACAUUUGCAUCUCUGUGAUGUUUCAAUUACUGGGAUGGGAGACGUCAGUCGAGAAACUUGUACCCUUCAACACUUGUUGCAAGGUACUGGGAGUGCAGUUGGAUCUUGGACAAAGUGUCUUCGGAAAAGCUUUAGUGUCCAACACGAAAGACCGAAGUGCCGAGCUCACAGACGAGAUCGAUAGCAUCUUGGCUUGUGGACGCCUGAAGCGUCACGACGGUGAAAGGCUCCGAGGGCGCCUGCAGUUCGCGAGUGGACAGCUGUUCGGGAGAAAAUUCAGACUCCUCCUUUCAGUCUUGAAUAGGCAUGUCUCAAGGGGCUGGACACAGAUCAGUGACGAUCUAAGACAAGCCCUCGUGAGCAUUCGUUCGCGGUUGGUCUCUGGGUUGUCAAGGGUCAUCGACAGCCGUUACAGCGACUUUGUGCACAUUUACGUAGACGCAUCCUUCUGCCCAGGCGGAUAUAGUGGUGUUGGUGGUGUGCUGUAUGACAGCUCAGGGGAUGCGCAGAAUUUCUUCAGCUUCAGGGUGCCGGAUGAGUGGCUUGCCUCCAUGAGCAGCGAGGGAGCCAAAGUGGUCAUUCAAGAGCUUGAAGGCUUUGCUGCCUUGUUGGCCUUGAGAGAAUGGAGAAUGCGUCGUCUUCAGUAUGGUACGAGCGAGUACCAAGUGAAUCUAAUCCAAGUGACAGGAGACCUGGAGGGUGCCGUGAUGUCUUCGGCUGCAUAUCCUCAGUUGUUGGCAGAAGUCAGUCAUGGGACGACCAAGUACGGCUCGCAGAUUCCUGGCGCCGACCCGCUGAAGAGCUAUGUGAACGCUUGUGGUGGAAAGCAGGCCGUGCGGCGGAUUUUGGUGGCCAGCAAUGGGAUGGCGGCCGCCAAGGUGAUGAUGUCCAUGCGGCAGUGGGCACACAUGGAGGCCAACCUGGGCUCCAGCGGAAUCCUAGAGUUCGUGGCGAUGGCCACGAAGGAUGACCUCGAUGCCAACGCAGAGUUCAUCCGCCUGGCCGACAAGCAUGUCGAGGUGCCUCCUGGGAAGAACGUGAACAACUAUGCGAACGUGGACUUGAUCUGCAAGAUCGCACAAGCACAAAAGGUGGAUGCUGUUUGGCCCGGCUGGGGCCAUGCAUCGGAGAACCCCAAGCUUCCAGCGAAGCUGAAGGACUUGGGAAUCCACUUCAUCGGCCCCACGAGCCCAGUCAUGUCCGUCCUGGGCGACAAGAUCGCUGCUGGGAUCCUGGCGCAGACCGCUGGUGUCCCUUCCAUUCCCUGGAGCGGCGAUGGUCUCACAGCAGAACUCACUGCAGAGGGGACCAUUCCAGAGGAGACGUUCAAGAAGGCCUGUUUGACCUCCGUGCAGCAGGCGGUCGCGUGCGCGGAACGCAUCGGUUUCCCGGUGAUGCUGAAAGCCUCGGAGGGCGGUGGCGGCAAGGGCAUCCGCAUGUCGCAGGACAAGGAAGAACUGGAGCAACACUUUGUUCAAGUGCGGUCCGAAGUGCCGGGCUCGCCCGUCUUCAUGAUGCAACUCUGCACGGGCGCUCGGCACAUCGAGGUGCAGAUCGUAGGGGAUCAGCCACCUGGCAGCAUCGGGAAUUGGUCCGAUUUGCUGGUGGAUCCAGAGAGGGGCCUCGGCCCCUAG